AUGCCACUAAGCAAGAAAGAGAUCAAAGGUUUGCUCUAUAAGAUAGAGGUUGCUAUUGAUGAGAUUGAAGAGAGUGUGGCUGAAAGGGCAAAGUUACAUGAACUCAGCCUACAGCCCUCCUCCAAUGAUAACAAAGAGUUGACCAAUCAAGUACACAAGGUGAUCGACAAUUUCGAGUUGGCGAAAGCAGAAGCGGAGAAUAGCAAAGAAGAAGAUUUUUACGAUCAGCUCAGACAGCUUUCUGACAGAUAUAUGGAUAUUCACUCCAGUCUUGAAGAUGAUACCGAUAUUGAUGCACCAGGGUUCAGCUAUGUAAUACCAUGCCCUCCAAAGACAACCACCACCAAGGCAGUGAGAUUCAAAGAUGACCCAGAGGAAGCCAAUACUUCUGAAAUGAUGGGUACUCAACCAUUUCAGCCAUACAGAGAUGUUCCCGAAGAAGAAGAAGAAGAAGUAGGAGUGGGAGAGGAACCAGACUCCCGAUCCAAUCAUCAAAUGUUUGCUGAGCACCAACAAACAAUGAUGCGACAAGACCAGGACUUGGAUUAUUUGCAUCAGCUGAUAAGUAGACAGCACAUGAUGGGAAAGGACAUUGACCAAGAGUUGGAUGAGCAGUUGAUAAUUUUGAACGACUUGGAACAAGGUGUUGAUAAUUCAAGCUUUAGAUUACAACGAGCAACAACAAGAUUGAAUGACUUUAGGCGGAUGGCUAGAGAGAAUGGAAACCUUACCACAAUCGUGAUCCUAACCAUCAUUUUAAUUCUUUUAUUAGUCGUACUUAAUUAG